CUCGAUUGUUCGCCCUCUCCCUUCUCCCACGUCCCACGUCUCUCGCCUUUCUAACGUCCAUUCGACGAACCAAUAUCACGACAAUGUCCGUGCGCGGCUCUGACGUCCUUCUCAUCCUCGUCGCCAUCAUCUUCCCCCCCGCCGCGGCGGCGUUCAUCACGGGCUGCAGCUGCGACUUGCUGAUCAACAUCUGUCUCACCGUUCUCGGAUACCUCCCGGGCCACAUCCACGCCUUCUGGCUCAUCUACCGCAAGAUGAGGGCGGAGGACACGUACGGCCACGGCGGGUACACCUAUGUGGGCAACGGGCAGUAUGAGCCCGCGUACGGUGGGCUCGGCACGGGGGCUUCGCAGCAGCAGUUUGGACAGCCGCAGCAGGCGCCCGUGCCGAGCUACGGCGCUACGAACAUGUGACGGAGGCGCUGAGCGCGACGCGAUGUGAUGCGAUGUGAUGCUAGUUAUAUGCUGGCUUAUUCAGGCCGACGAUAUCGCGUCGAUCUCGUAUGCAGUGGGUUUUGAUUUGUUUUUGCGGAAGUGGAGAGGAGGGGCGUCUCUUUCCCCUUUUUUUCGUUUUUUUUUUACUCUUGUAAUUUACCGAGGACGAGUUCUUGAUUGCGAUUUCUACGACCGCCUUGUGUUUGUCUUGUCUUACUUUCGUCACUCACGGUAUGUGUAGCUUUUUGAACGACUGAAUGUACACGUGCGACUGGGAAGGCGAUGUUGCACACCCAGGUCGUGUGUGAAGACCUAUGCUACGUACAUCGUUCU